AUGAGAAAAAUUGAUGAAAAAACAGUUAAGUGCGUUUACUGUUCAUCUCAAUUUACUAUCAAAUGGAAUGGUGAAACUGCUUUGACUAAACAUAUGAAUUCUACGAUGCACAAAAAAAAUACAUCUGAACGACAAAAAAAUUGUUUAAUAACUCAAUUUGCUCCAGUAAAAUCAACAGCAAUUGAUAACAAGAAGGCUCAAAUUGAAGUUGCUUCUGUUUAUCAUGGUCUCCAACAUCACCACAGCUAUUUAAGUACUGAUUGUGGAAUUAAACUGAGUUCAAAAAUGUUUAAUGAUUCAAUGGUUAGCAAAGAGAUUCGUUGUGGUAGAACUAAGGCUGAAACUAUCGUUAAAAACGUGUUAUCUCCAAAGUCAAUUGAGAUGGUGAUAAACGAUGUUAAGCCUCUUGAACAAGAUCCUUUGUACUUUUCAAUCGCAAGUGAUGCUUCUAACAAUGGAAAUCAAAAACUAUUUCCCAUUGCUAUUCAAUACUUCACAAGAAAAAGUGGCGUACAAAAUAAAUUAUUAGAUUUCUUCGAAGAUCCUAAAGAAGAAUCUUGCGAUAUUUACACUAAUAUCCGGAGCUGCUUGGAUAAUUACAACUUGGACAUUUUGCUUGUUUCCGCAUAUUCAGCUGAUAACGCUAACGUUAAUUAUGGUGUACGUAAUUCCGUGUAUCAAAAGUUAUUAGAAGCAUCUCCAGGUAUUGUGAAAGCCAACUGCUGCUGCCACGUAAUACAUAACGCUGGGCGUAACGCUUGCAAAGUAUUGUCAUACGAUGUUGAAAUGUUGGUACUAAAAAUUUACGCUGAGUUCGCUUGCAGUGCUAAAAAAGUUGAUCAUUUGAAAACGUUUUUCGAGGAAUUCGAUUUGGAAUAUCGAAAAAUAAUUCGUCACGUAUCAACAAGAUGGUUAUCUUUAUUUAAAUGUAUCGAUCGAUUAAUUCUAUAUUGGCCUGCUAUCAAAGCAUAUUUUAUUUCGAUAGGAAAGACUGAAUGUGAAGCUGCAAUUUGGGCAUUUAUUGAUAAUGAAGAUGAGAGUACUGAAGAUUUGAUGGCUGAACUAACACUUCCUGAAGUUUAUAUAUAUUUUGUACAUCACUAUAUGAAUAUUUUAAACUAG